AUGGUACGAGCAGGUGUAAAAUGUCCGAAACCAAUCCGUCUUAGAAAACAUAUCAUGAUCAUGACAUUCAUUGGCUCCAAUGGUUUUGCAGCUCGCAAAUUGAAGGACACCGAAUGGAAUGAUCAGGAAACUAUUUAUGAUACAUUUUUGCAAGUGAAAACGGCGAUGAUCAAAAUGUUUACUGAUUGCAACCUCGUACACGGUGAUCUCAGCGAGUUUAAUAUCCUUUAUCAUGAAAAUGAUGUUUACAUUAUUGAUGUCUCACAGGCGAUGGAUAUCUCACAUCCCCGAGCAUUGUAUUUCUUAUUGCGUGAUGUCGACAAUGUUUUAGAAUUUUUCGCAAAAUUGGGUACCAAGAACUUACCAUCAGCAACUGAGCUGUUUAACGAAAUUACUGGUCUGAAUAUGGAUCCAGAGAAAAAUCUCGCAGUGCAGGUUGAAAAUUUUGAGAAGGACAAUCGCAAUGUUCAGUUACGCUGCGACAAAGCAAAUCCGGCUGACAUGGAGCUGCGUAUGUACAAUACUGAAGUUGCUGAAACACAAAAUGACCCAGCAGAAUUAUACAACUAA